AUGGCUGGGGAGGUGACUCUGGCCGAGAGCGAGUUCAACGCGAGAAUGCGCGAGACCGCCCGCCGCGUCCUGGGUAAACUGAUCGAGCGCCGCCGCAAUUCCCCCCCGGGCGUCGGCCGAGGCGGCGAGCGAAGGCACUCGCUGCGCAUCAAGGCGCUGCCCACGCCGAGCUACACCGAGCGCGCGCGAACGCAGGCGAUCGCGGUGGCGGGCGCCGACUCGGGAUCGGGGCCGUGCGACGCGAACAACACGUCCGGCGCCGCCAAUCAGAGGCGCAACAGCGUGUCCAACUGGUCCUGGGAGGACAGCGACGCCUCCAACGACUCCUUCGGCAACGGCGAGAGCGAUCGUCGAUCGGGCGGCAGGGCCAACGUGAAUAAGGGCUCCCCGGGGCACGCGCCGAAUCAAACCCCAGCGGGCCCGUCCUUCGUGAAGGUCAUGGCGCCCGGUCACAUCAGCGGCCACUUCUACGUGGACGCGCCGUGUGGCCUGAGCGACUGGCUCCCGGACGAGACGGCCACGCUGGUGCUCGAGUGCGACGGCGAGGAGUGGAAGACGGUGUGGCUCGUGGACACAAAAGGCGGAGACAAAAGCGCGGGCCUCUCCGGCGGAUGGCGCGGCUUCGCCGUCGACCAGAGGCUCGCCGUGGGGGACGCGCUGGUGUUCACGAAGGAACGCGGCGCGCGCGUGUCCGUGCGCAUUCACAGGUGUGGGACGGGGGGCGUCGGACGGGACGGGGGGCGUCGGACCGGGGGCGCCAGGUGUCCGCCAGGUGUCCGCCAGGUGUCCGAAUCGGCGGCGAGGUCGGCGGCGUUUACCGACGCCGAGGCGAGGACCGACGCUUUCGUCCGAUUCGCCGCGGGCGAAACGUCGUUCGCCGCGCUCACCGAUCAAACGCCCCAUCCCCAACCCCGAUGCGGGGGCACGUGCAGGUCGCUGCACGUGUACAGUCGCAGGCGACAGGGACGUUACGACGCCGUCGCCGCCGCGGCGGCGAGACGAAGGACCGGCGCUUCCCCCGACGAGUGCGCCGAUAUCGCGCGAACGGAGAUGGACGGCGUGCGGGGCGCGGGCGGCGCGGGGCACGACCAACCGCGUCACGGCUCGCGGCUGAUCCACGCGGCGCACGACGCCGGGUCGCCGUCGCGUUGGAAACGAGCGGGGAUGGUUUCGUCGCCCCCCGCCCCCGCGAAAGAUCAGCUCCCGUUCGCGUCGCCCAAGGCUGGGACUCCGAAGAAGAACGCCCGGCGUCGACCGACGUCGCAGAUCUCGUCGUCGCCGUCCGAUCCCGCCGCGCCGCUCGGUUCUCCCGACAAGGUCACGCCCGCGCCGCCCGGGACGACGGAGCGCGAGGCGAACGCGGCGGCGGCGGCGGUGGCGCCGUUAAAGGAGGGGCUUCCCGCGAGGAGGACCCGGAGGCAGAGCACCGGCGGCGGGGACAGGUGCCUGAUCGAGUCGAAGCCGCCGAGCGCGGAGCUCACCUGGGCGACGCCCGCCGUGGGCGGCGGCGUCCUCGCGAGGGACGCAUCCGGUGACUUCGCCGUGCUUCCUCAGCGCAGGAGCCUCCGCCUGGGCGAAGAGGAGACGCCCGCGAUGAGAACGGCUGGAUGCGCCGACGUUCCCCCGCCGGCGCCCAAGGCGAUCAGGUCUAGGCCGCCGCGUCGAUGCGCGCCGGUUCGUAUCCCCGACGAAAAGAGCUCGAAGGGCGGGCUGGAGCGGGGAGCGAGCGGGGAGGGGACGCCGCUGUCGCAGGUGUUCAGGAGCACCAAGCGCGCGAGGACGACGCCAAUGUUUGUGACGCCGGUUUGA